UGUGUUACAUUUUACCUUGUGUCAUUCUGACCAGCUAAUAUCUCCCAGUGUUUGACGAGAUGAGGCGAUUUUUGCCAAUGAAAAGAAUAACUUGGCCAUGGCUGAGAAGAGACGCUACUCAGAAUGAAACCAGCCCACUCUUACCAAAGACAGGCUCUACAAAAAACAAUGCUGAGGAGCUUGGCUUGGUCACUGCUGAUUUUCAAGCAGGGACAAAUAGUGGACAGGAACACAACAGUCAUGAAUUUGCAAGGAUCCAUCCCUAUUACAGUUAUUCUUUGGGGGACUAUUUCCUAAAAUACUUUCUGAUCCUAUGCAAUCUGAUGUUCACAGUUCUGGGCCUGAUGAUUCUUGGUCUGGGGAUUUGGGGUCUCAUCAGCAAGGAAUCCUUUGCUCAGGAGAAGAUCGGCAGUAUCGGCACUGACCCAAUGCUCAUACUUGUGAGUGUGGGCUUUCUGCUCACUAUGCUGUGCCUGACAGGCUGUGUAGGUGCCCUAAGAGAGAACCACUGCUUACUGAAGCUAUUCUCAGCCACUGUGUUGGUGCUCAUUACAGCCCAAGUCAUCAUCGCCAUUUUGGCCCACACUCUACGAGAUCAGAUUGGAGUUUACUUGCGGUCAGGUAUGUUAGCUGCAAUGUCACGCUACCAAGAUGACCUGGACCUGAGGUUCAUCACAGAUGAGAUUCAGUCAAAUCUGCAGUGCUGUGGGGCGGACAACUACAGAGACUGGGAGUUUAACAUAUAUUACAACUGCUCAGCUCCAGGAGUGCUGGCUUGCGGCGUCCCUGCGACGUGCUGUGUAGAUCCCUUGGAGAACGGCACAGUGUGGAACUCUCAGUGUGGUGUCGGGGCCCAAUUACUGGAUGAAUUUACUGCUCAGAGUGUGAUCUUCCUGGGAGGUUGCCUGGGUGGAAUCUCUCGCUGGAUCGAGCAGCAUGAGGGCCUGUUAGGAACAGUUGUGACCAUCAUAUUUGGGGUCCAGAUUCUGAUGCUAUUUAUUACCCUACGACUGAUGGAACGCAUCAAGCGUCAUAAAGCGUAGAUGUGACAAGGAGUGAUGAAUACAGCAUUAUGCUGAUCAAUGUUCAGUGAGUUCUGACAUUGUUUGUCACAAGUUUAAAGCAACUCAACUUCAGAUUGAACUGCAAAUGGAAAUGAGGCGUGAUUUAAAGGAGGAAAGCAAAUUCCAACACAAACUAUCAAGAGAAAAUGUUGAAAAUCCCAAGAAUUUAUUUAUUUUUUUUAAGUCUUUUACAUAAAAGUAAUGUUUUACCUCUUAAUUGCAGUUUGGCAAUAGCUAUACACCUCUGCUGUGCUAAAAAAUACCUUCAGUUUUCAAGGACAGCAUAUAAUCACUGGCCACUUCUUUGGGUACACCUGUUCAUCUGCUUAUAAACACAAAUAUCUAAUCAGCCAAUUAUAUGGCAGCAACUCAACAACUCAGUAUGAGAAUAGGCAAGAAAGGUGAUUUAACCUUUACACACUGUUCAGGUCAAAUUUGACCUAUAACUACUCAUAUGGAUUUUAGAUCCACCAAUGUGGGUCAAAUCAAGGAACAUGGUGGUUUUAGGGAGUCUGUGUGUGUCGUAUCUGUGUUUUUCUUUGUGAGACGGUUGCAACACUGUCUGUGUUCCCACCACAUAUGACCAGGUUCAUGCAGCGGCAGGUACAUACUGUACUGGUCUUUGAAGGGUCAUGAGGGGAAUCUCAAAGCAGUGAAAUAGAUAUGGUGCACAUGAGAAACAGAGGACAUACAGGGGUCAGAGGGUGCCUUAGCACAGAUAUGAUACUCGCUGUGCAAGCACAAGCACCUGCAAUGUAAAUAAAUAAUCUGAGCUGAGAUCAACAGAGGGGCUUUGGGUUAGAAGAUGUAAAGGCACCUGAGCUGCCGUUUCAGUGACUGAGACACUGAAACACAUGUAAGGUUUCCUGCCACUGCUUUGAAAGCACAGGUUAGUUUGCCACGAGCAAGUGUUUUUGAAUGUUUUGUGUUCUGAGUGUUAAUUAAUAUUGAAUUGUUAUUGAUAAUUAGAGAUGGUAGUUAUGAGUUUUUUUUUUAUGAUAUAGAAGUGAGCACAGUGUUUCCAACAGC